UUUGUGCUCCCUCCCUCCCUCCCUCAGGUGCUGAAGGACCUGCCCCGCAUUGAGGGCCGUCCGGGAGCCUCCCUAUCGCCCCUGGACUUUGACGAGCUGGAGAGGGAGCUACGGGCCAGGCACGUGGACGAGAUCACGCCAGAGGACAUCAUGUCAGCCGCCAUGUAUCCCAAAGUCUUCGAUGACUUCAAGGACUUCACCGCUCAGUUUGGACCCGUCGAGUGCCUCAACACUCGCCUCUUCUUAGAGGGACCCAAAAUCGCCGAGGUGUUCCAGGUUGAGCUGGAGAGAGGGAAGACGCUCCACAUUAAAGCCCUUGCGCUGGGAGACCUGAACAUGGCCGGGCAGAGGGAAGUGUUCUUUGAGAUGAAUGGUCAACUUCGCUCAGUGCUGGUCAAGGACACUCAGGCUAUGAAG